UGUAUACUGUCUCUCGCCCUCUUCUGUCACUACGGACAAGCGUUGACUGACAGCUUUCCACAGUAGCUCCACGCCAUAGAGGGGACAGGAGGGGAGAGGGCAGCAGUUGCAGCGAAGUAUUCAGUACACUGCUGCCAAGCAAUACAGUAAAUGGAUUAAAGCACUCCGCAAGCUAAAUAGUAGUAGCAGACACACUACUGCAAAGAGAAAGGAAAGGUAAUAUUUAGUAUAUAUUUUAAAAUACUGGACUGGACUAGAGGACCUCUCUCCCUUGCAUACACGUGUUAAAGGGAGGGAGGGGGACGCGACUGAAUUAUGUUUGAAUUAUCUAGCUAGCGAAAAUAUUUUUGCUGUCAUUGAAUAGAAGUUUAGGUUGUAGUUGAGAAAAACAAGAACUCGAGCGCGAUGGAGUGCCAACCACCCGACCCGCAAAGCUACGAGGACGUUCGAAAGAACGGCUACCUCCGCAAGCAGAAAUCCAUGCACCGGCGAUACUUCGUCCUCCGGACGGCCUCGGAGAGGGGUCCGGCCCGGCUCGAAUACUACGAGAGCGAGAAGAAAUUCCGCGGAAAAACACCCGUCCCAAAGAAAGCCCUGGUGCUGGAGACGUGUUUCAACAUCAAUAAGCGGGCUGAUGCGAAGAACAAGCACAUGAUAGUGCUGUACACCCGAGCGGAGAGCUUUGCCAUCGCGGCAGAAAACGAGGCGGACCAGGACGAAUGGUAUCAGGCCAUGGUGGAGCUGCAAUGCAAAAGUAAGACGCCUACUACUGACACAGGUGCUGGAGGGGACUACGGCGUGCCCACCCCAGGCCCUGCCUUCAAGGAGGUGUGGCAGGUCAAGGUGUGGCCUAAAGGGCUGGGCCAGGCCAAGAACCUGGUGGGUGUCUACCGGCUGUGCCUGACCGACAAGACGGUCAACUUUGUCAAGCUCAACUCGGAUGCGGCCGCCGUGGUCCUGCAGUUGAUGAAUGUGCGCCGCUGCGGUCACUCCGAAAACUUCUUCUUUGUGGAGGUUGGUCGCUCUGCGGUUACGGGCCCUGGGGAAUUCUGGAUGCAGGUGGAUGACUCAGUGGUGGCCCAGAACAUGCAUGAGACCCUACUGGAAGCCAUGAAAGCCCUGAGUGAGGAGUUCCGCCAACGCAGCAAGUCACAGUCCAAUUCUGGGCCAGGUGGGGGAGCCACCGCCUCCAACCCCAUCAGCGUCCCCUCGCGACGCCACCAUCCCAACCCGCCUCCCAGCCAGGUGGGCUUCACCCGAAGGCCUCGCACCGAGCCGCCCGGAGGGUCUGGAACAGGCGGCAACAGCGCAAACGCAUCACCCACCCCCCGCCACAGUUUCCCCAGGUCAGGCACAGCCAGUGAUGGGGGUAAAGGAGAAGAAGGGGUGGGGGGAGCGUGCGGAGGUGUAGGUCAGAGUUCCAGUCCUACCACCAAUGGGUCCUGCUCCACCACACCCAUCCUCAGGUCUAAGUUGGCCCGUUCUGCCUCCACCCCAACCAAGAACAACUCCCUGAGCCUGAUGCGCUCCAUCUCCACCCCAGCUCCCUACCCAGCUCCUAGCUUGUCCUCCAGCUCCAGCCACUGCUCUGAGUUUGGGGUAGUGGUGGGUGCAACCGGAGGAGGUGGAGAAGCAACAGGGACCGGUGCCUACAGCCGCCUCCACUCCCACAACGCCUCCGUGUCGGGCUCCCCCAGCGAUUAUGGCUCCUCGGAUGAGUACGGCUCCAGCCCUGGAGAGCACUCUGCCCCCUCCCCCAACAUGCCAGGAGGGUCAGCCAGGUCAGGCCGUUAUCAAUCCCUGGACGACGAGGCUGCUAACUACAUCCUAAUGGGCCAGCGUGGUGGUGGAGCUCCAACAUCUGGCUCUCUGCCUGCCGGAGCAUCCAGCUCAGCCCCUUCUCACCAGCCCCAGACCAGGAGGGUCCUGCGGCGCUCCUCUAGCCGGGAAUGUGAAGCCGAGAGGCAGUUGCUGAGCAAGCGGGCGUCCCUGCCUCCCAUGGCCCUGGAGCGCCUGGCCCCGCGACCCCACAGGGGGGAGGAGGAGCAGGAUGAAGACGUUGCGGACUACGCCAUCAUGUCCCGCAGCACCAGCGGGGAUUCCUUCACCACCUGCGUCUCCUCACAAAGAGACUCUGAGAUGAGCCCCGGUGGAGGGGGGGGAGGAGGGGGAUACCUGGACGUGGCUGUAGAGUUGGUUGGUAGUGGAGGUAUAGUGCGGGAUAACGGCUAUAUGUCCAUGCUACCGGGAGGAGUUACCCAACCUCCAGUCUCCCUCACCCACUCGCUUUCCGUCUCUGACUCGGAGUCCAAGCCAGCGGAUGACUACAUGGCCAUGACGCCUAACAACAGCGUGUCCCCCCCGCAGCAGAUCCGGCCCCCUCCUGGCUCUGGCGACGGCUACAUGAUGAUGUCACCCAACAGCAGCUGCUCUCCAGACCAGCGUGGCUGCCUGGGAGGUGUGGCCUGGGUGGACAGCAGCAGCGCCGACAGCCGGGCGGGCAGCGACUACAUGAACAUGUCUCCCAUCAGCAUCCGCUCGGCUAACAGCAGCCCCCCUCCCCCCGAGCAACCCCCUCAGACAGACCACCACCCCUCACUGCAGGCCCCCAAGAUGGUCUACUCCUACUACUCACUGCCCCGCUCCUACAAACACACGCCACCUGGUGGACACUUUGAGGACGGUCCCGGCCGAGGCAGGAGGCCCAAUGGGAGCAGUGAUGUCAGAGGAGUUGGCAGGGCGGUAGUGGUUCGUCAGGACCCCAAUUUGGGUGCAGUCCAAGGUCGCCACCUGUCCCUCUCCUCGUCCUCAUACUCCUCCAGCUCUGCCAGCAGUGAGAGCCUAGGGGAGAACGAGGACAGGGCUCUCCAGGGAGCAGGGUCCUCAGGUGGGGGAGCUCACUCUAAAGACAUGGGGCUCCUCCAGCAGAGACGGGCAGCCCCCAAGCAGGGCCAGCAGGGGGGACCCAGGACCCGGCCUGUCAGCCUGUUUGUGGACGUGUCCAAAGCAAACACCCUCCCCAGGGUCCGUGAGAACCCCCUCCCCCCGGAGCCCAAGAGCCCAGGGGAGUACGUCAGCAUUGAAUUCAAGGGAGAUCAAAGCGCCAGAGGAGGGCCAGGAGGUGGGGGAGGGAGGGGACUCAGACACGGGCUGUCCCUGCCUCACGGCUCCAGCCAGCACCCUUCCCACCGGCCUGCCUCUUGCCUGGGGGGGUUCCUGCCCCUCCCCCGAAGCCCCUCCACCCCCCAGACCCCCAUCAUGCCCCUCACCCCUCCAUCCGCCUCAGAAUAUGUCAACAUGGACCUGCGGCCCUCACCGUCCCCCUCUCCCCUCUCCCUGACACCACUGAGCUUCCCCACCUUCCCCACCCCACCAACGCCCCCUCCAAUGAUCCUGGUCCCCAAGGCCCACGACGAGUACAGGGUGGCCCUUCAGCAGCAAGGCGGGCCAGAGGGUGCUGAAGCGGGGCCCAGGACAAACAGACAGACUACCCAUGUAGUGGUGACUCAAUCAGAGUCCCCUACCUCCUGCGGGGACUAUACAGAGAUGGCCUUCAGCCUGAAAAACAACACCGUCCCCAGCUCCACGUCCAACAACACCUUCCCCAAAGCCCCCUCCCCAGCCAGGCCCGAUCCCCCAGUCCCUGUCGUCACCCUGGGCCUGGAUUUCCCCCUGCCUAAACCUGGGCCCAACCCGGACCACGGGGCUAAAGUGAUCCGGGCCGACCCCCAGGGCCGCAGGCGCCACUGCUCCGAAACCUUCCUCGCCUCCCCCUCUCUCCCUCCCCCCUCCUCCAACUCCUCCUCUUCUGCCUCUCUCUUCCCUGAGCAAGCCCAGGCCGUGGCUCGCCGGCUUGGGUUUGAGGGCAUGCUGUGGGGGAAUGGAGUGUCGGCCGAGCAUCUCCCCUCACAGUUCCUCCACCCUGGGCCUGGCAUACCCGCUGCCCAGGCUUUGUCCAUGGAGCAAGGCCUUAACUACAUAGACUUGGACUUGGCCAACAAAGAGAGCCCUCAUUCAGCCUUAGAUGGGUCCUCAACCAUACAGGCUAUCCCCCCUCGCCUCUACUCGUCCGUACUGAAUGGGGGGGGCGGGGUGGGGGUGUCCGGGGCAGGCAUUGGGGGUAGUGGCGGCUCCAACCUCAACACCUAUGCCAGCAUUGACUUCUACAAGUCAGAAGAGCUGCGGACGCAUCCGAACGGAAACAAAGACGGUACAGAAUGCUGAUGUCUUUGCCCUUGCCUUGGAAUUAUGGGAAAUAAAUAAGAGAUCCUGAAGCUCCUCCUCCUCAUCCUUGUGUGACAGCCAAUGGGAAGACGGGUUGCACUGGUCACACCUCUGAAGCACUUUGGAAGGACUGAUGGAAAACCUUUUAUUUUUUUGCUUUCAGUUUAUUGGUUGUGAUGACCAAUGGGGAUGCGUGCCAAUGAUAUUCUGAAAACCUAUUGGUUGCACUUAGCCUGAGAAGGGAGGACUCUAAGCCAAUCAGAGAAGAGUAUGAAGACUGACUGCUGACUGGGAGCCAAUGAUAUUUUUCGAUCAUCAGCUUAAAUGGAAACCCAAUUAACCAAUCAAAAAUAAGGAUUUAAUCUAAUGAUGGCUGAAUAUACAAAGUAUAAAAACAAAAUAUAUACAAAUAUAUAUCUGCUCAAGUGCCUAAUUUUUUGAUUGUAGACAUUCUACAAAGAACUUCAACUUAGCAAUGACUAAGGAAGUGAAGAAGUUUCAGUAUUUGUGCUUGUUUGAAGUAGCACUAUGUUGUGGCAGGUGUAAGAAUAAUAAGGAUAAUGAUGAUGAUAAAAAUACCAAUUAGCUGGCCUUACUGUCUUACUGUGAGAGAUGUUGGCAGCAUAGCUUCUAUUCGCUUUAAGCUCAUUGCUUUAAGCUCAUGUAACUGACAGAUUUCUCCCUAUCUCUCUCACUCUCUCUCCCUCAAAAUCUCUAUCUUUCUCUGCCCAUACCUCUCAUCCAAGAUUGCAGUAUUCUAAAUCACAUACCAACCCGCCCACAUACUUUACAAAAAGACAGUCACCCUUCACCGGGAAUACUGUCUCUGGCGCUGGACAAUAUGUAUUUAACACACAAAGACAAACACUUGGCACUUGUUGCAGGUAAAGACAGGUGCUCUGUUCCAAAAUCUACAUUAACAUACCACUUGGAAUGAAGUGAUGUGUUGUGGAAUGCAUGCAUUCUGAGCAGUGGUGAAAAAAGUACUCAAUUGUCAUAUUUGAGUAAAAGUAAAGAUACCUUAAUAGAAAAUGACUGAAGUAAAAAUGAAAGUCACCAGGUAAAAUACUACUUGAGUAAAGGUCAAAGUAUUUGAUUUUAAAUAUACUUGCGUAUCAAAAGUAAAUGGAUUUGCUAAAAUGUACUUAAGUAUUAAGUAUCAAAAGUAAAAGUAUAAACAAUUUAAAAUUCCUUAAAUUACGCAAACCAGACGGCACAAUUUUUUUUAAUUUUUACGUAUUGGCGGAUAGUCAGAGGCACACACUCAGACAUCAUUUACAAACAAAGGCAGUAUUGAUGACCAGGGAUGUUCUCUUGAUAAGUGUCAAAAUGUAAUUACUUUUGAGUACUUUUGGGUGUCAGAGAAAAUGUAUGGAGUAACAAGUACAUUAUUUUAUUUAGGAAUGUAGUGAAGUAAAAGUCUGCAAAAAUAUAAAUAGUAAAGUACAGAUACCCCAAAAGUAGUAUUUUUACUUAAGUACUUUACACCACUGAGAGGUGUAAAUGGACUCCUGUGGAUGUUGGAACAUAGCCAUUCAAAAUAGGGGUAAAAUGAGCUCAACCACUCAACAUACCCCAUUCUCCUCUACCUGGGUUGGUCAGAUUAUUAUAGCAUUGUGCUAGGUAUAUGGUAAAUCCCUCAGCAUUGUGCUAGGUAGAUGGUAAAUCCCUCAGCAUUGUGCUAGGUAGAUGGUAAAUCCCUCAGCAUUGUGCUAGGUAGAUGGUAAAUCCCUCAGCAUUGUGCUAGGUAGAUGGUAAAUCCCUCAGCAUUGUGCUAGGUAUAUGGUAAAUCCCUCAGCAUUGUGCUAGGUAGAUGGUAAAUCCCUCAGCAUUGUGCUAGGUAGAUGGUAAACCCCUCAGCAUUGUGCUAGGUAGAUGGUAAACCCCUCAGCAUUGUGCUAGGUAGAUGGUAAAUCCCUCAGCAUUGUGCUAGGUAGAUGGUAAAUCCCUCAGCAUUGUGCUAGCUAGGUGGUAAAUGGAUAGUGUUGCUGAUCACAGCUCAGAUAUAGGAAUGACAUUAAUAUCCUACUCAAUCCAAUUAUCAGAUAAAACGUUAGCAUCUAUUAUCUCAAGACAGUUGCAGGUAUUUUCAUCCCCAUCGUGUCAGGAGCCUGUUAAGCGAUAGGAUGGUAGAGUAUAGUGUCCAUAGAGAUAACGGAGGCGCUGACAUUAGCUGUGCUAACUAUAGCCCUUGCUAAAGUCGUCUUGUCUAACAUCUGGAUUUGAUAACAUGGGCCUUGCUAGCUGCGGGGAACAUGCUAACUUCAGCCUAGUUAGCAAAGUAUUUUGUUAGGGGGCAUAGAUGGCCACAACCCUCUUUUCUGUUUCUCAUUCUCCCUUUUUCUCUUUCUUUUUGUCUCUUACUUUAAACUCUUUCUGCUACUUUAAACUCUUUCUGCUAUGCAUUAGCACUAAAGUGCCUGUCUGUAUGUCUGUCAGUCUGUUCCUUUCUUCCCCUUUAGCACUAUCAGGGCUAUCCUCUCAAAAUAUAUAUAGUCUAUUUUGAUGUAUAUUUUUCUUUUAGCGUAUGUACAAUAUUGUGUAACCUCAAGGUACCCUUCCCUUAUUGAGGUUUCAAUUAUGAUGUUCAAGGAUGUAGUGACCCAUGAAAUGACUUGACCAAUUGCCCCUGACUUCAUCACGUGUUUGUAUUGGGUUGGUGCUGGAAAAUGUAGGCCCCGAGGAGGACCCCAUUGAGGACCUCGUCUAUGGAUGGCCGUAUUAGUGCCAAAACAAAAAUACGCUGUGACUCUUUCCGACAAUACAUUAAAAAGCUACAGUAGCUGCUUUGAAUAGCUACUAUGAGCUCUCAAGUUCUGACGUUUUAUAUUUUUCUUGGUUGUUAAAUGCUAUUAUAAACUUGCCUGCUCUCUUGUUGUUUUCUUUACUGCCGUAAAAACAAAAAACCUGUCUUGGAUGCUUUGAGACAUCUUGCCUCAUAGUUUGCCUCUGGGACACUUAUGAAAUUGUACUAAAUUAUCAAUACUUACUGUAAGUUGCCAAUAUGAGCAAUCACAGAAAGAGAAAAAUAGGGUGGGGGGGGGGACACCUUUAAACAGAACGAAAUGUGUUUGUCCAUUUCACUACCACCACAUUUGUAUAUGGGCUGGCUGUCUUAUGCACUUCCUUCUCAUUUGAGUCACGUUACUUUUGGUAGCAUAACAAAGCGGCUUCAUUGCUACCAGAUUGGGAUCUGUGGUCAGGACAAUUGGCCAUAAUGGUUUCCGAUGCAGAGGUGGGGUUAGGAAAGUAGUUUGACUCCAACCUCACUGUGCCGGGUUUGUUUCUGUUUACUGCAUGGCACAAAGAGGCAGCAACGCACACACACACACACACACAUUAAACACAAACAGUGUUUUGGAAAUGUUAUAUUUUUCUCAUAAUGACUCAACAAUCUUCCAAAUUAAAGCCAGAUCCUAGGUUCCAGUAAUAUGGAGAAAAACACACAAAAACAAACUUAGUGCAAGAGUUCAUUCUGAAAUCAAAGUUAAAUCCAACACUUUAUGGCCUCAAAAGUGGACAAUGCCCAUGAGCUCAUUCGCUGUUAAGGUCUAGAUGACAAACUUGAAUUUUGGAGUGAAGUGUCACUUUAAUUCUUAGUGAAGCAAGGUACUUGGAGGCAAGAGUGUCAUGUCUCCAUUUAACAUACCUACAGCGGCAACCCGUCAUUCAGGGCAGUUGGGGCAGAGCCCCACCUGUUUUAGCCCCACCUGUUAAGCUAAAAAAAUCUAUACUUUUUUAGUUUUAUCUGUUUUGCAUGUUAUUUUGGCAUUAGUACAUGUCACAUCAGUUUGCAAACAAUGUAAAAGAAAAAUCAUUGAGUUAAUAAAGCUGCAUAAAAA